GCCUCACCGCGCUCCGCCGCCGCGCUCCCCGGCCCUCCGGCCCCGCACCGGCCCCCGCAGCGGCUCUCCAUGUACGACAACUUGUACCUGCAUGGGUUUGAAGACUCGGAGGCGGGCUCAGCAGAUUCGUACACGAGCAGACCCUCGGACUCUGAUGUCUCUUUGGAAGAGGACAGGGAAGCAAUCCGCCAGGAAAGGGAGCAGCAAGCAGCCAUCCAGCUCGAGAGGGCCAAGUCCAAACCAGUAGCAUUUGCUGUCAAGACCAACGUGAGUUACUGUGGAGCUCUGGAUGAAGAUGUUCCUGUCCCAAGCACUGCCAUCUCCUUYGAUGCCAAGGACUUCCUACACAUUAAAGAGAAAUACAACAAUGACUGGUGGAUAGGACGGUUGGUGAAGGAAGGCUGUGAGAUUGGAUUCAUCCCGAGCCCGCUGCGCCUGGAGAACAUCCGCAUCCAGCAGGAGCAGAAGAGGGGCCGCUUCCAUGGAGGAAAAUCCAGUGGAAAUUCUUCUUCAAGCCUUGGAGAGAUGGUUUCUGGCACCUUUCGAGCCACACCUACAGCCACAGCAAAACAGAAACAAAAAGUGACAGAACACAUUCCCCCCUAUGAUGUGGUGCCAUCAAUGAGACCUGUGGUGUUGGUGGGCCCCUCACUCAAAGGCUAUGAGGUGACAGACAUGAUGCAGAAAGCUCUCUUUGACUUCCUGAAGCACAGGUUUGAUGGGAGGAUAUCCAUAACCAGAGUGACAGCUGACAUCUCCCUUGCCAAGAGAUCUGUGCUCAACAACCCCAGCAAGAGAGCGAUCAUCGAGCGCUCCAACACCCGCUCCAGCCUGGCUGAAGUGCAGAGUGAGAUUGAGAGAAUCUUUGAGCUGGCCAGGUCCUUACAGCUGGUUGUCCUGGAUGCAGACACCAUAAACCACCCUGCACAGCUUAUCAAGACAUCUCUAGCACCAAUUAUUGUCCACGUGAAGGUGUCCUCUCCAAAGGUUUUGCAGCGACUGAUCAAGUCCAGAGGGAAGUCACAAAGCAAACACUUGAAUGUCCAGUUGGUGGCAGCUGAUAAACUUGCACAAUGCCCACCAGACAUGUUUGACGUGAUCCUGGAYGAGAACCAGCUGGAGGACGCCUGYGAGCACCUGGCCGAGUACCUGGAGGCGUACUGGAGAGCCACGCACACGUCCAGCGCCACGCCCAUGACCCCCCUGCUGGGCAGGAACCUGGGCUCCAGCGCCCUGUCCCCGUACCCCGCUGCCAUCUCCGGCCUGCAGAGCCAGCGCGGGAGGCACGGCGGCCACUCCGCGGAGAGCUCUCCCGUCGAGCGCCGCAGCCUCRUGACCUCCGACGAGAACUACCACAACGAGAGGGCUCGGAAGAGCAGGAACCGCUUGUCUUCCAGUUCCCAGCACAGCCGAGACCACUAUCCCCUCGUGGAAGAGGAAUACUCCGACCCCUACCAGGACUCGUACAAACCGCACCGGACCCGCGGCUCCCCCGGCGGGUACAGCCACGACUCGCGGCACCGGCUCUGAGGCCGGGGAAGCCGGGGAGAAGCGGAUCCGUGCGUUGGUACCUCGCCAUCGUAGCCAGGAGUAACCGUAGGAUCGCGUUCACCCGGCGGGUGCCACCGCCCCGCUUGGCCUCCAUCGUUGUUUCAUUCGAGGGCGACACAACCCGGCCCGGCCCUUCCGUUUCUGCCCGAUCAUAGAGGUUGUUUUUGGGAUUAUUUUUUGGGUUUAAUAACAGCAUUUGCAUUUAUAGCCGUAUUAUUUUUUUUUUUUCUCGUCGUUAGGUAUUAGACACAUCCGUUUGUAAUUUCGGGUACUUAUCGAGGCACUUAUAAAAUAAUUUCCUGUGCUGGAAAUUCCAAAUGACCAGUUCCAGUUGGAACCAAUUUAUAAACCAAUUCCUGUUGGAAUUUGGGUGAAUUGACUGGAAAGUCGACGUGAGCAUGUUGGGAAAAAAAAAAAAACAAACACAAAGAAAAAUCUGAAAAUUACAAACCACUGGAAGCCAGAAAGUCAGCUCCAGUAUUUGUUUGCUGGGAGCUCAAUUUCCAUUUCAGGUUAGAAUGAAAGGAUUUAUUCUAACGAUUUCUUUCCAGAAUGGCUUUUUCAGACAAACCAAAUGUAAACUCUCGAGAGUGCCAAAUAUCCCAAAUUAUUGCAGCAGUUACAAAACGCUUUCCAGUUUGAAAUUAUUUUUAGACCUGGCAUGAAUGUUGCAGCCAAAUGAUUCUUGAGUUCAGCCAGUCCUGACAGUUUUGUCGGGACUGGCAGGGAGGAACUGCGACAGGAGACGGGAAAUAGGGACAGGAAAAGGAACAAACUCCAUCGUUUAUGUGCUUGGAGGUUGGGAAUAGUUUUUUUUUCCUCUCUUUUACCUGAAUACAGCUAGAAGUCCCAAAAUGGAACAGAGUGUAGAGACAUCAGAUUUUUGUCCCAUUUUUUCUCCUGCUUUUUAAAUGAAAAACAAUCUGCUCCUCUUACCCAAUGUGUAGAGUUCCUACAUCCCAGUACCCCGAGUAGCUGCCUACAGAUUCCAUCUUCCCAAAUCCACCUCGGAAUGUCUGACAACUCCAUCAGCGCACAAAAACUCUCCAGAAGAUCCAUUCCAACCAUGAAAUCCGAGGGGAGGGAGUGGGGUUAGAUGCUCAUCAGUGAUGAACAUUUCAAAACAACAUCAUGGUCAGAAUUGCAAUAAAAAGGGAAUAUCAGACAAAAAUCUGCUCCCAGGGAAGUCGUAGAGCUGAUUCUGAGUUUUGGAUUCCAAGAGCUAUGAUAAAUCCUUGGAGAUAUUGCUGCCUUACUUCCCAACAACCAUUUCUUUCACCUGCUGAGUCCUGAGUUCCUUCAGAGAGAUGAAUUCCUGUGGUUGGACCCUGUGUUUUACACCAUCAGCGAAGCCUUAGAUCCCACGGGAUGGAAAAUGGAGCCCAUUUUGUACAAUCACYACCAUCUUCCAGCAGAGCCUCCUGGAAUUCCCUGCCACACACAUUCCCUGGAAUUGACACAAUUAUGCUGAACACGCAUYUGUUUGUGCAGGUUCAUGUCAAAACUAUUUUUUUCCCCCAAAAAUAAGGAUCAUUAACUUUAUUAUUUGCUUGUUUUCCUCCCAAAGCCUGCUGAACCCAGGCUUUGACAGCAUGUAGCACUAAAGGAAUUUCUGGAAUAUUCCAGUUUCUUCUGCUUCCUGGACCAGUUGGCAAAGACCACUGGGUGUUUCCACCAUCCUGGAGUCUGAUUAUCCCUUGAAAUUACUGGGAAAAGGAAUCCCUGUCCUUUGUGGGAUCAUCUCCACGCCCAUCUCCAGCAGAUUGAAAGGUUGAUGAAUUAUUUCAAUGACCCCCCUGCCUAACAGGCAGCUCCAGCACCACUGGAUGAUCCAAAUGGACCAGUUACCAAGGAAAAUAUUGAAAUCUCUGUAUCCACUGGAGUCCCCGAGUUCUGGAUGGAUCUGCCAGAUCUGAUCCUGCGAUUCCCUCCGGCUGCAGACGCCAGAGGAGCUCAGAGGUUGAGGGAGCRUGGCAGGACCCGGCCUGGGAUUGCCUCCUCCAGGAUUUUGUGCUUCAGCACGGUGGAGCAUCCUCCAGGAAGUUUUCCAGCCCUUUUUCCAYGUACAGCACACACAGCCCUGCAUGAGAAAGGAGGCGUUCCCAUUCUUCUCUGAGCUUUGAGCCCCUCGUUUGUGCAUCACAGGGGAGCUGUGGAACCCUGGCCAGCAGCUGCUUCUCUGUAUCCUGCAGUAGAUUAGGGAUCAGCUCAUUAACUGCUUGAGGAGAUUUGCAUAUUUGCAUAUUGGGAUUUCCUAGAGCCUUUGGAGCCUUGUUUGAAGUCUUCCAUGUCRCAGCAGGCGAGGGAAGGAUCCCCAGCCACCGCCCACCUGCACAAUCCCAUCACCUGAAACAUCUCAAGUGCCAAAACAACUUGGGUUUGACAAAAACGAGCUCGUGAGGGCCUUUAUUCCAUGGAGUUAAGCUGACUUGACUCCUGGGUGUCUCUCCCAGAGCCCAUUCCAUUGUCAUAUAAGGAACCAGGGGCCCUGCAGCUCUCCCUCCUUGYUGGGUGUUAAAUUCUUCGAAAAGAGAUAUUUCCUUCAGUGCAAAUACCUCAGCCAUGCUGGGAGACUGUUCAUAUAUUGCAGAUACUGUGGGCAGUCUGUUUGAAAAGGGAAUUUGUGUUCAGGACACAGCAAGGAGUGAAAGCUGUGCUGGGGAUCUGGGUUGGGAAUUCCAUAUUCCUGCUGGGAUUCCAGCACUGCUGAGCAGAUCKGCUGUGCUUUAAUUUGUGGAGUUCAGGUAUUUCUGACUGAGGCUAUCCAGCCUCAUUCUCCAGGCCUCACAUCAUUUCUUGUUAUUAAAAUACAGUUAAARACCAGAGCUCUGUUCCUAAGCUCUGGUACAAACAGAGGGUUUAGAAAUGUUUAUAAAAGAGGGAUUUUUCUAAGUUCUGUUGUUAUCUGAGUCUCUCAUUCGGACACUUCRGGAUUAACAAGGAUUUAACCAAUCAAGGUGAUAACAACAAUCUCUAAAGAGAAAAUUCAGCACACUCUUAUGUUUGUGAAUCAAUUAUUUGAAUUGUUAACCUUURAAUUUCAAAUACUUUCUCCCUGGAGUCGUAUUUAACGUGUACAGAUUCUUUUCCUGAUGCCAAACAUUUCUCUCCUGGGAUGUGCAACUCACAGCUGCUGAUAUUUGUAAUUUCGGUUUGAUGCCAAAUCGUCUGAAUUCAGUUUGGUCUCAAUGCUACAGAAUUCCCUGGAGCAGCCCAGAAUCUCCUGUCCUUCCUGACUUCACCAUUCCAAAAUAAUGUUGUUAAUCCUGUUGUUCACAGCACACUGAUUUGGGUAAGUCAGGGGUUCUUUAAUAAUGCAUUAAAUGUGUCCUCUGCUGGAUUUUCUUUCAGGAGUUCAGUACUUCCUGAACUUGUCCUUGAUCCCACACUCCAAAUGUUUAUUCGAGGCAAAAUAAUUGGAGAUCACAGAUGACAAAAUUGGAUUUAUAUUUYAUAAAAUGCCAUUUAUACAAACCUGAGUUUGCUCCUAAAAAUGGGCCUUUUAAAAUGAGGUUCUGCUACCCCUGUUGGUGCCAGUCCAGGUUUGGAUCCACAGGAUUCAGGGCCCUGUAAUGCAGCCAAGCUUAGCUCUGGGGAAAUGGAGUUAAAAUGAUCCUAAAAGACAGUGUGGUGUCRUUUGAAUAACCUUGGUGAGGGUGUUAUCAAGCCCAGUUUUAUUUUUUAUUGAAAAAUAAAGGUAUGUCUUUAACAUUAAAGGGAUUUUUUAAUAAAGUUGUAAAAUACAUGUAACAAAUUAACUCAGAGAAAGAGGUGGAAAUGCUACUUAGAAAUUUCAGAUUUUCUUUUUUCUGUGUGRAAUCCGUUCAAAAAGUCAGGAGAAAUAUUGUGAUUAAAUCCACGUAGAGAAUUUGGGGAGGAGAUGGAAAUCAUUUCAAGUGAUGAUGAGUGUCACUCCUUUAUUCCUUUUACACUGGGAGCAGCCUUGGCUUGGCCUCAGGAUGGUUCACAGCCCUGCUUUGGGAAUUUGGGAAUCCCUGGAUUCCUUGGCAGAGUUCCUGUCUGGACAUCCCACCCAGGAAUGUCCCCUCCUGUCCUACCCUGCCUUAUCAAUAUUGCCUGAAAAACAAACUCAUUAAUUGCACCAUCCCCGUGUUMAAUCUGCUCUGCAGGCACAGCAGAGCAUCCACAGAGCUCCAAGUGAUCUCUUUGGCCAACGGUGUAAGAACAGAGCAAGGGAAAAGAAGCACAUUUGUAAUAGCACAAAUUCCCAAUAAUUCCAGUAAUUCCACUCCUGCAUCUGGCAUCGUGUGUUUGGAACCAAGGGGGAGAUUUCGGAUCCAGCAUCAGUGGAUUUAUUGCAUUUUUGAUCUGUUUACUCGCUGCCUGAUAYUUCAGCAGUUGAUUUUGGCAUUUUGCACAUGGGAUUGAUUUUUCAAUAACUUGUAUCCCUUCCAUAUUAAUUAAUUAAUGACAACAAAACRAACCUCUUAAAAUCACAAAGCCCACUGCAUUCAUUUCUGCUGAUUUCCUCCUGGAAGCUGAAAUCACGUUAAUGACUUUAAUUUUGGCCAGCGUGUAGAUUUGGGAUGUAGCCCAAGGUCGGGAAUGAAGCUCUCCCAGGAGAUGUUUGUGGGGAUCUGGAGCUUGGAGAUGAGGGAGAGAACAGUGUCACAGCCCCCAAAAAUUGCUGAGAAUUGAGAAUCUAAAGGGAAGGGAGGGUAAGGAAUGYGUGUGUGGGCCCAGGUGUGUUUAGGGUUGGGACACACCUGAUUUGAUUCUCUUCAGUCAGCAAAGUGCAGAUUGUGUGUAACCAGAGCGGGGAGAAUGUUGGGAUCAGCCAUUCCAACUGCAAACUCCAGACCUUGGGCUUCUCAGAUCCCAGAAAAUCUGUCUCUCAGCCAGACUGGUUCCCAGUGAGCCUGGCAGUGCUGCCUCACUGGGAGCCAGUUUGGAGUCACGCUGGUGAAKACAUUCCUGCCUUUACUGGGACAAACCCACCCCAAAUUUGUGUUCUCUGCUGAUUUUCCCUUUGUUUUGCCCUAUAGACCCUGUGUGUGUAGCACCCGACCAGGCAUGUGGGUACCAUAUACUAUGCAAUGUGUACAGUGGUGCAUGCUCUGCUCUCCCUCUGCUUUUAGUGGCUUUCAAA